AGAUAAUUUAAUGGGAUAAAUUAUCUAUGGAUUUUAAUGUGGCGUAAAAUGAGCCAGGGAUUAUCGGGCGGUCUUCUUCGGACUUGCACUAGACGUUCUAGACUGACAUUUUCUGAAGAACUACUUGAAAGAGUUCAACCUGACCGCACGACUUUGAUAAGAAUUUAAACUGGUCCAGUGAGCCAAAUUUGAGAAUCCGUUUGCAAGGCUUCGAAUAUAGGAUCCUUGAAGGCUUGCGAUUGUAUUACAUAUAACUGUGAAGAUGAUACCAUUCUCAAGAAUAUCAACUGGUGAUGGUCAUCGGGUGCAUUGAGUGAUAAUCGUGACAAAUCCAUAUUGUUGGAGUCUCGGCGUUCAUCCUCACAUUAUUAUAUGAUACCGUACUUUUAGAUUACCCAAAAUUGUACUCCAAAUCCAUUUGAUGUUCUCGGUCAAGUAUCACUGCAUUUACAUAAACAAACAAAUCCACACAAGAGACUACAGCCAGACAGAGCCGCGGACACAGUCAAGACAGAAGAGCACAGAUCAAAUAGAGUGUGUUGAAAUCUAAUACGCAAGCAAGCAAGAAGAAAUUCCGGUGACGAAAAGGAAAAGAUUACUUUUCCACAUUCAAAAGGUUCCUUGAGUGAACGAAGACAGGGAAUUACAGGAAGAACGUCGAGAUACACAGCAUCCUAAAAUGUGGUAUAUUUGGAUAACAAGCUUCCUACUUUUCGCAAGAUUCGUGGAUUCUGAGGGUCCAUUUAAUUGUCAAACAACAUGUCCAACUCGUGAUGUAAGCCCUGUAUGUGGAACUGACUUUAAAACAUAUCCCAGUCGCUGCCAUCUACAGAAAGAAAAAUGCAGAGGACACAAAGUUCGGAUGAUCCGCAAGGGAAGAUGUAAAGUACAAAAUCAGUGCACAGAAGCAAGACAACGGGCUUUGCUCAUCAUCAAAAAGAGAGAGCUUCUCCCCUUAGGAGUCUUCAUCCCAAAGUGUGAUCCAGAUGGGAGUUUUAGUCAAGUUCAAUGUCAGAAAGCCUCUAGAGUCUGCUGGUGUGUGGACGCCCUUGGCCAGGAGUUGGCGGGGACACGUGUAAGGCAAAAUACACCAAAUUGUCCAACUCCCUCGCCAAGUACCACGACCAAGUCACCAUGGAAAUUCAAGCAUCUACAGAACUAUAAAGGAUGUCCAAAAGAUGUUCGCAAGACGUUCAAUGCAAAAGUUGUCAGCAUGCUGGGAAAGGAAUUCGCAGCAUACAUGGGGAGGACCUCUCCAACUCAAAGAAUUUCAGCUUUAUCCGGAAAGAGUGGCAUUGGAAAAGUUCACAUUUUGAUGUGGAAAUUCAAUCAAUUGGACGCGAAUGCCAACUACUUUCUGGAAUGGCGAGAAUUGCACGAACUGCUUCGUACCACCAAAAAGUCCAUACAUCCAAAGAAGUGUAGUAAAACGUUUGUAGCGUACUGUGACGAAAAUACAGACAACAGAAUAUCAAGGAAUGAAUGGUAUGCGUGCUUUGGGGUGCAAGAAAUAAAAAAGUGUAUUGGAGAAUACUUGACAGCUGUAAAAUUGUCGCAAAAUUCCCCGUCCGGGAAGCAUUUUUUACCUAGAUGCCAAAGCGAUGGUUCUUAUGUCCCCAAACAGUGUAGUUCGUCUAUUGGUUAUUGCUGGUGCGUAAAUGUCGACACAGGAAAACCAACAACAGCAAGUACUAAAGAUACCACAUCUCUUGAUUGUCAAAGAUAUGCAACGUCAAGAAGGGGAGGCUCAGUCUCAAGAAAGAAAGGAGCGAAAAAAGAAUGUACCGGAGACAUCCUGCCUAACUUUAUACGACAGUUGCUAACACUGUUCAGAAAAGAGGUUGCUGAUGGUGCCUUAACGGGACCGCUCGAAAUGAUGAUAAAAAUUCAGCGGAUAGCUCGUUCAGGUAACCUUGGAGCCUGGGGUGCCUUUUUAUCUGAUAAUCAAGUCCUUGCAUGGAAAUUCCAUCAAUUAGACACCAACAAAAACCGCGUUAUUACAAACGCUGAAUACUUCAUUCCUACCAUGAGAAAAAUGCUUGGCAAGAUCAAACGAGGAAGAAAAUGCAGCAGAAAGCUUUUAAGUGAAUGUGACUUUGACAAUGAUGGAGGUUUGUCAUUGGUUGAGUGGAGUUAUUGCUUACGGGUGGGGUAUAGCAGGCUAAUGAGGUAAUGAGUGCAAAGAAUUUUCCAAGUCAUAAAUGUUAGCGAAUGGUACCUUGGUACAAUGUAAAUUGCAAUGUCGAUUUCUUGUAUCAUGACCUUUUAUUCUUAACUUUUGUCGGAUUUAUGAUCAUUUACUUUCACCAUAUUUCACUAAUUCUAUGACUUGGAAAAUGGCUAUGGGAUCUUCCAGCUGCUGAUUGAUUGAUUUGGUACAAACAAAGUUGUCAAAUGAACAUUACUACAAGAACAAACUAUAACUAAGGCUGCAACAUAUGCAACUUAUGGCAAAAAAAGUAAAGAUAUAAUGGGGGACUAAUCGCAUUCCAAGGAACAAAAUGACAAAAAGAAAACGAUUUCAAUAGUUAUUUGAGCACUUUUCUUUGAAUAAUUUAUGAAUGAAGCAAAGAAGAAAACAAAAUCAACUCAAACACAAAGCUGAUUUAGAUUGUUUGUUGAUUUAGGCCUGUUUUUUACUAGUGAUGCAAGCAUGAGCAACAGGUGCUAGCAAAGAUUUUCUUUGUUGUUGUAUUGUUUGGCUGCAACUACUCAAAAGCCCUCAAGAUUCGUGGGAAGCAUGGGUGGUGUAGCUGUGGGAAUGCUCGCCUCUCACCAAUGUAACCCAGGUUCGAUUCUUGGACUCCUCAUAUGUGAGUAGUUGUUUGUUGGUUCUCUCCCAUGCUUCAAAGGUUUUUCACUGGGUUCUCUAGUUUCCCUUGCCUCAAAGAUAACCAUCACAAUGCUAUGUUUCUAAACACAAACUAGUGCUAUAUUUGAGUGGAAAAAAAAACAUUUACUCAACCUUAUAGUACGAUUUUUGGUUGUGUGUAAUGUUAUGCUUGCAUUGCUGGUAAAAACCAAGCUUUAGAAAUCUAAGAUUAUGUAUAAUUAUAAUACCAUCAAUCUCGAGAUUUGCGAAAAACUCUAAAAAUUCCCAGAUUAAAAUCCAUCCAUUGAUAAAUAUUAGUAUUAUCUUAAAAACAAUUAUUAAUUGGAUUAUUACAAUAAUUAUUAUGGAACAGUUUUAAAAUAUUAGAGAUGCAUUAUUUAUCAGCGGUGGAGUCUGUAUUUAAAACAUAUUUGCCUUAUAUAGGAUCGAGGAGAAAAGGUUUUAUAAUACAGACCAACAAGAGCUGGUAUUUUUUCACCUAUUUCUCAAAUGUUGUACAUUUGUUAUGCUUUUAGCUUAUUGUGAUCAACCUACACCUUAUCCUAAGGUGUUGGUACAGUAAGUGGUUACAACAUCUUACAGAUACAUUACUGACAACUAAUAAAAACCUUACCCUUACUGUAAGUUAAAUGGCGCCGUAUUAGCAACCACUUACUGACCACCUACCAACACCUUACCAACCACUUACACUACUGACCACUUACCAACACCUACCAAGCACUUACUAUUACUGACCACCAACCAAUGCCUACCAACCUACCAACACUAUACCAACCAUUGACCACCUACCAACACCUUACCAGUACUGAUGACCUACUGUACCAACACCUUACCUGUACUGACAACCUACCAACACCUUACCACUUACUGGUGUACCUUCCUGUAUGUUGCAGGUUAAUCAUAACCACAGUAUUUUUGGUUUAGUUUAUAUUUUAAGCCUGGGAAAAAUAAACUUGUUUAUAACAAUCUUGCUAAUUAAAAAUGAACUUAAAUAACACAUCACACUCUAUGAUUUGCAUAUUUAGAUUUGUACUUUAUUCACUCCCACAAAUUCUGUUACAAAAUAAUUUAAGUCAUAUAUAUAAUACAUUCUUAAUUGAGGAUUUAUUUCAAACUUAGUAAUAAAACAUUAUAAUAAACACUAAA